AUGAUAUUACAUUCUGCAGAAACAUCAAUUCCUCGUAAUUUUGAUCAGAAUCAAACUAACAAUCAUGAUAGGACCCUUGAAAAUGAUAAUUUUUUAGAGAUAGAUCCUCUGACUCCUAUGGAUCAUAAUAGCCAAUUGAUCAAUUCAAGAGCUAAUAGUAACAGCAUAUCAAACUCUUCAACUUCAACAUUAUCAAUUGUUGAUGAACAAAAAAGUGAAAAAUUAAAUUCAAAAAACAGUAGUAGUACCGGUAUAAAUUAUGGUGGGUUACACUCAUCCACUUAUCAGUCAAAUUUAAAAUCUACAAAUGAUUACUUGUAUAGAGAAAAAUCUCAGACCCCAAGACAAUUUUAUUAUGAUGCUCAACAAUAUGAUGAAGUCUUAUUGAAUACGGACCCAGCAAACGCUAUAAAUUUGAAUGCAACUUCAAAUCCAAAUACCCCACAAUAUUAUUCUCCUCCUAAAAGUAAAAGAACUACAAGUCUUGAUGGAUGCUCAAACUCUGCUGCCAAUUCUCAUUCUAGUAACACAAGUAAAGUACCCUCUAAUUUGAGUAUUCCAAGCUUACUAACAAGUGCUGUUGGUAGUACUUCUACUAGUAUUUCAAAUUUAAAUAAUUCUGCUAUUAUCUCGAAUGUAAAUUGUAAUGAUGGUAAAAUUUUGGAAAUUAAUAAUAAUAAUAUGAAAAAUAAAAAUAAAGUUACUAGUACUUGUAGCGAUAGUAAAGAUGAUAUGGUAGAAAUUAAUACUGAUGCUCAGAGCAAAGCCAUGAAUUAUGAUAAGCUUAAACAAGAUCACAAUAAUCAUCAUCACCAUCACUAUCAUCACCAUCAUCGCCAUGUUAGUAAAGAAAAUCAAAAAAGUAUCGAUGAGAAUAUCUUACUUCCACAGGAUAAUAUAAUAAAUAACGAGAAUGCAACAAAAUUAAAACUUAAUAACAAUAAUCAUACAGUUUUUCAUGAUACUAUCUCAACAAAAGCCUCAACUCCCUUAGAUGAAGAGGAUGAUCCAAUUAUAAUUAAUAUUAAUUGUAAAAAUAAGGUAAGAAAAGAAGGCUACUUAAACAACAAGCAAAUAUUUAGAGGUUAUAAAUUAUUUAAGUGGAAUUGGAAUACUUUGCCAAAUAUAUCGUCCAAUAAAAAAGUAAAUCCGGAAUCAUCCCAGUUGGAUGAUGAUAUUAACCCAUUUACAUAUCGCUAUUUUUUAAUGCAGCUUCCAAUAGAUAAUAAUCCUCUUGUAGCUAAUUCUAAUAAAAAUAAACUUACAGCUAAUGAAACUACUUCAAAGUCGACGGAUGGCGGUAUGGUUAAUUUGAUCUACGAUUCAAGAUCUAAUAAAAAUUUUAAGAAAUUGCAUCUUUUCUUAGCAUUUAAUCAAAAAAGUAAAAGGUCAGAUUCUUUCUUAUUUUCUGAAGAAAGACUUUUAUCAUAUUCAAGUUUUUUGACAAAAUAUUUAAAUUGGAAGAAAACUUUCCGUUUCGAUGUCACUUUAGAGAGAGAUUUAAUAACUCAUCCUAAUGAAACUAAACUAGAUGAUUCAGUUUCUUUAUCAUUUGAUCAGGAUGCAAAUAAUUUAACAACCUUUAAUGAAUUUUUAAUUCAAUUAUGGAGAUAUCAAGCUCAGAAGUUUAUUAUUCAGAAAGAUUCCUUUUUAUUUGAUGAAAAUAUUCUAAAUUUUUUAAAAUCAUCGAAGAAAAAGUUAUUAAAAUCUUCUUCAAUUUCAAAUAACACAGAUGAAAAAAGAAACUCAACAUCUAAUUCGUCAACACGUAAUGUGCCUCUGAUAGAUAAUAGAAUAUAUUUUGAUAAUAAUAUAAAUUAUGAUUCCAAUUCAAAAUCAAAACCGCAAUCCAAGUCAAAUGAUAAGCCAACAAAGGAUUCCAUUGAUAUUUUAUUUGUUAGGCCAAUCUUUGUAUCCCCUAUUGUUUGGCAAUUAGCCUAUGACUUACCUGAAUUCACAAUUGCAGAUUUCCCUAUAGAUUUAAAUCCUUGGAUUUCUGAUGACCCAGAUUCAAUUUUUUUCGACAAUUAUAACAAGAUGGUCGACUUUCAUAAAAGUACCAUUAAAUUUUGUAAUGAUGAGUCAGAAUUAAUUACAUUGAAUUCGAAAAAUGCAAACCAAUACUUAUUAGAUUGUUUGGAUUUGCCAAUAUCAGAAUCAAAUUCGAAUAACAAGCCAAAAUCGACUACAAAAAAAAAAAUAGACCCAACAGUUAAACUGGAGACAAACUCACUUGAUUCAUCCUUAAUGUCAAAAUCUUCUGAAGAAAAAAUUCCUACUAUAGAAGAAAUUAAGAAAUCAAGAAGAUCAGGUUUUGCAAAUUUUUUCCGUAAAAAGCAUACACAUACAGAAACUACAGUCACUAGUUCAAACUCAGAGACUAAUUUAACAAAUUCCUCUGUAAAGUCAUCCACUAGUUCACAACAGAUCGAUAAAAAAGGUCAAAAGUUGGACCCUAUACGUUCUUUUUCGAGUGCUACUUCUUCAAGGACAUCACUGAACAAGCAGCCACUACAACAACGUCCUUCUCUUCAAAGUUGUAAACUUCGAAAAUCGUUUUUCGGUACUGAAGGUUUAGAAUCAAAAUCUCCAGGCUCUACCUCUAGACGAGCAUCUAAUGGCAGUUUGCAAGAUGGGUUACUAAAUAAAAAUUCAUCCCCAAAAGUAGUAGGAGCUAGUAAGACUAAGUAUUUUGAUAAUAUACCCGUUGAUAAUAAAAGAAUUGCGGCUUAUUUCAGAAAGGCUCUACACAAUUAUAAAAAGGUCUCCUUACCUACACAAUUUUUGUUACCACCAUUUUUUACUGAAACUACUUCCAUUCAUACAACAGAUGCUACUACUAUUGAGUCAGCAACAAGUACUACUAUUACUAAUAGAAUGUUAAAAUUGGAAAACAGCAACUUACUUGAGUCAGAGAAAGAUAAUUUAAAGAAGGCUUUGCUUUAUAGAAGAGAGGUUAUCAAAAUUAUAUUGCCUUUUGAACAAAAUUCAAUUCCAACUGUUUUUAUUCCUCAGAUUUGGACUGGCUUAACUUUCAAUAAAUGGAAGAAUCUCAUUAGUGAAUUAUAUCGCAUUAUCGUUCCAGGUGGCUAUUUAAUUUCUUUCAUUUCUGAUAUUAAUCUGGUUCAUGGAGGUUCAAGCAUGGUAAAUGAAAAGGAGGGGAAUGUCAAGGUGAAAUCUACUAAUAAUCUUCAUGCUGGUGCAAUCCGGCGUAACAGCUCACUUGGAGUAACUCGUGAAGGUGUAACAGAGAGACCUCCUAUAUUUAAGACAACUUCUGAAAGAGAUAAAUUAUUUGAAAGCGUAAGUUGUAAUGCUAUUACUAAAGGCUUAAGCGUUCACCCAAUUAAUCAUUUAUCAAGGGCUUUAGAAGACGGUGGUUUUACUAAUAUUAAGUCUACACGAUUAUGUAUUAAGACGGGUGACUUAACAUCUUCUAUGGGUUAUGUAGACGAAUUUGUUGCAUUUAUGCAUUUUGAAUAUCUAAUGAAAAAAUUUAAUAUUAAUUUGCCAAAGCAGCAAGCUGCAACAAGUAUAUUUGAAAGAUAUAUUAAUGAUCAUAAAGGUAAAGUAGAUAAAAAUGCGGGCUUUCUUAGAGUAACCUUUAUUGUUGCACAAAAGCCAAGCACUGCCUCACCUCAAUCUCCAGCACAGCCUCAAACAGAACCUCAACCCCAACCUACUGUUCAGCCUAAAGCUCAAUCUCCAAUUCAUAAUCGACCUUCUAUAACUCCUCAACGAAAUUCUUCGAAAAAUUUGUACAGGUUAUCGACAAGACAAAUUCAAAGGUAA